UUCAAGGAAGGCUAUAGGUGUGAUGGCUGCAGUGCUGGAAAAAUUAAAGGUCCCACCCAACUAUGACCUCGAGCGAAUAAUUAAAGAGGAUUUUGAUAGACUAAAAGGUCAUUACUAUCUUGAUCAUGCUGCUGCCACCCUGUACAGUGACAGCCAAAUCCAAGCAGCAUCAGCAGAACUUCAGCAUUCUCUGCUUGGAAACCCGCACUCACGCAGCUUUGUCAGUGAUGCUGCCACCCGGAUAGUUGAAUCUGUUCGCCAAAGAAUUCUGGAUCAUUUUAAUACAACUGCUGAUGAAUAUGAUGUCAUUUUUACAUCAGGAGCUACUCAGGCACUGAAAAUAGUAGCAGAACAUUUCAACUGGCAUGGCUCAGGAGAAACAAAUGAGGAAAAUGAAGAUAACAGUACCAGUGAGAAUAACCCAGAACGUACAAUCCACCAAGAAAAUGAGCACAUCAGCAAUAGUACUUUGCAAGAGGAAGUGUUCGACAGUCACAGAGAAGGAGAAACUCGAGGAGCUUUUGUGUAUGCAAUGGAGAAUCAUACCUCUGUAUUGGGUAUGAGGGGACCUGCUGCUGCUAAUGGUGCUGAUGUGUAUUGUCUCCAAACAGAACAGCUCCUCCAGAUGUUAGAUAAGUGCAAGACAUUUCCAUCCAAGACAAAUUUUAACCACACAGAUGCAAGGGAAAAGGAGAAUGGUGUAAGAGCUCCAAAUGGCAGCAGAAAGAAAAAGAGGCAUUGUCUCUUUGCAUACAGUGCCCAGUGUAAUUUUUCUGGUGUAAAGUCUCCUUUGGGGUGGAUAGAUAAAGUUCAGAAAGGUGCUUUAGAUGCUGUCUUGAAGCAAAAACCUGUAAACAAGAAUAAUGCUCAUUUGCCAGAAAAUACUACAGAUGACUGCACAUGGUAUGUGGUGUUGGAUGCUGCUGGAUUCACUGCUACUUGCCCCUUAGACCUCUCUCAGUGGAAGCCAGAUUUUGUCCCAGUGUCCUUCUACAAGAUUUUUGGAUACCCAACAGGCCUUGGCUGCUUGUUGGUGCAUCAAAGAGCAUGGACUGUCUUGGGAAAAAGCUACUUUGGAGGUGGCUCUGUCUUGAUGAUAGACUCUCGAAGGAUUGUGGCUGUGCCCCGUCCUGUUCUUCAUGACAAGUUUGAAGAUGGAACAUUGCCCUUCCUCAGUCUUCCUGCUGUUCGUCAUGGGCUUGAUACCAUUGAAAAACACACAGGUGGAAUGAAGAACAUCCAGCAACAUGUUUUCAACUUAGCCCGCUACGCACAUCACAGUCUCCGAAGUUUCAGGCAUGGGAAUGGAGCCCCUGUUGUUGAGACUUAUCCUAAGGACGCUAAAUGGGAUGUAAGGACUCAGGGAUCCAUUGUUAACUUCAGCAUUCUAAAGUCAGAUGGGUCCUAUAUUGGAUAUUCACAGGUGGAGAAAUUUGCUUCCUUGUACAACAUUCAUUUACGCACUGGGUGUCUGUGUAAUCCUGGAGCCUGCCAGAAAUACUUGAACAUAUCUGAGGAGACAUUAAUUCAACAGUUUAAGGCUGGACAUGUAUGUGGAGAUGCACACGACCUGGUAGAGGGCCUUCCAACUGGGUCUGUGAGGAUAAGCUUUGGCUACAUGAGCUCCUACAGAGAUGCAGACCAGCUACUCCAGAUGGUGAAAGAGUGCUUUGUGGAAGGCAAUCUUAUCACUGAUAGUUCAUGGAUAGAGGCUCAGCCAUGCCUAGAAGAAAAGGAAAACUAUCACAUGCGAGGACAGAUAGAACUGGGAAAGAAGGAACUUGUGAAUGGAAAUGAGAAACAUUUUGAUAGCAAUGAAAGUACUGUGAGAACCAAGAAUGGAUAUUUGGAUUCAGACAUUACAAGCACACCAUUACAAGCAGAAAAUGAAAGAAAUAUGUCAUCUGCACCACCACUUAAACUCACAAAUAUCAUUCUGUACCCAGUUAAAUCUUGCAGUGGUAUAUCUGUAAGAGAAUGGAGUAUAGGAAAAGAGGGACUGAAGUAUGACCGACAGUGGAUGAUUGUAACAAAUUCUGGGACAACACUAACACAGAAAAGGCUUCCCAUUAUGAGCCUCAUAAAACCAAACAUUGACUUGGUAAAUGGAGUUCUUCAGCUUUCCUUCAAAGGUGAAAGUAUUGCAGUCCCCUUAGAACCUCAGGAAUGCAGCACCAGAGAAGCGUCUCUCUGCCGUGGUGUUGUGUGUGGUGACCGGAUAAGAGGUCAUGACUGCGGACCAGAGGUUGGGGCUUGGCUGUCACGGGUACUUCAGCAGCCUGAUUUGAAGCUCAUGCAGCAGCUGAAUAAGAGAACAGGGAAACUUGACUCUAAGGGCAAUGGUUCUUUAGGCGAGUCUCUUUCCUUUGCAAAUGAAUCACAAUACCUAGUGAUUCACAGAGCAAGUGUAAGGAAGCUGCUGAAGGAUAUUUCAGAAAAAGGACUUGCAAACUUAACAGAGGAUGAACUUGUGACACGAUUCCGAGCCAACCUGGUACUGGAUGGAGGGGAGCCUUAUGAGGAGGACUCAUGGGAGGAACUGUUAUUGGACAAGAUAAGAUUUAAGGUUCAAGGAGGCUGUAACAGGUGCCAGAUGGUGGGCGUCAUUCCAGAAACCGGAGAGAGGAUGAAAGAGCCCAUGAUAACAUUGGCAGCUACAAGAGGUUCUUUUAUGAAUUUUGGGAUCCAUGCUGCUGCUAUUUCCUCAGUGUCUAAUGACGAAACUAUUUCAGUAAGAAGUAGAGUUAGUGUGACAUAUAAUGCAGACUUCAAUGUAGAAUUGUGAAUUUGAGAUUAGUGUAAGCAAUCUUUUGGAGUGUAAAUAUAUUGUAUAUAAAUAUAUUGUAUAUAAAUAUAUGAUUAUGAAUAUAAUUUUAUAAACAUAAUUUGUAUAAUGAAAGCUAUAUUUGUCUAUGAUUUAUAAGCUAUUUGGGUGGACAUUUAUAAAGUACAUAAUUGCAGUACAUAAGAGGUUUUAUGCAGUUCUUGUCUUGUAUGAAAUAUGAACAUAUUCUUAUGAAUUGUUAAGUUUAAAUUACAUUAUAUUUAUAUAUUUGUUAAUUGUUUACACUAACACAAUAUAAGUGAUAGUUAAUCUGUGAUACUUUCCACUAUGUACUGGAUAUUGUUAAUAACAUGCCUCAUUUCAAGUUUUGGUAGGUUGCCAGCAAAAACAGAAUUGAUAAUUUAUCUUUACAAUAAAUUACUACUAAUAUGCAUGUAAGUGUUUUAUUAGGGAUGGACUGGAACUGUAAAUGCUCCAGAAGACAGUUUAAUGCCAUGUUAAUUGUUGCAGAAAUAAAUGGUAAUUACUGUAAAAGAAAAAGAUGCCUUUACCAAGAAGAAUUACAGCUGUAAAUCUAAUCUAUUGUCUGAUAUUUUCAUACUCAAUACAGUCUUUAUGAAUUAGAAGAGAUAAUUUUAUUUCUGCGAUAAUAUAAACUUUAAUCAAAUGGAAACCUGACAAUUUUUUACACCACUGUUGAAACUGAAAGAGUGAACUAUAUUUGUAUAUAAUGUUUAUUGUGACAAAUUUACAAUACAUACUAUGUACACUAUACCUUGACAAUAUAACAAACAAUAUCAUUUCAAUGAUAAGUUAGUCAUUCAAAUGAUAAUACAAAUAUAUCUUAGUCUAACCAAUAAAAAUAAAUUCAUCUGAUUGUUUGCACAUUAUGUGCAACAGAUGGAUUUGGAAACAGAAUUUUACCCAUACUAUUGUAUGAAUCAAUUAACUAUUUUUGUAUAUUGAAUCUUAAAUAUGUCAGGCAAAAGCUGAUCAUUUAAAUUUUUCGGUCUACAACAGCAGAUAUUCCUCUUCAAAACUGACAGGCUGUAACACUAAGAUUUAGAUAUAGUCUCUUGUCUUAACCACAGAGACUAAGCAUUAAUUUUUUCUUUCUUUUUUUUUCUUUUUUAAUAGUAUUGCUGUUGCUCUUCUUUACCUUUUAUAAAUACCACUCCAAUAUUCAGAAUGUUUAUAAACAAUAAUAACAAAAGCCCUUAAAUUUUGUUCACAUCACAAUUUAUUUUGCUAAAUUUGUGAAUAUAUAAUAGAUUCUAA